AUGGUAGGCUACGUGUUGGCGUCAGUAUCUUUGUUAACGUUGACUGCGAUAAGUGUGGACAGGCUUCUCGCUCUCUUACUGGGGCUAAGGUAUAAACAGGUUGUAACAUUAAAGCGAACAUAUGCAGUUAUAACGACCUUUUGGGUAGUUUCCUGUGUCGUUGCGCUAUUGUCCCUCGCAAGCCGCCGUAUCACUAUUUGGUAUGGCCGUAUUGCUACAGUAUUUUGUCUUCCGAUCACAGCCGUCUCGUACACUUACAUUUUCCUCCAGCUUCGUCGCCGUCAAACUGAAGUUCAUGAACGUGUGCAGCAAGAACAUCUAAAGUUAACCGUCCCACUUGACAUUGUGCGAUACAGGAAAGCAGUGCAUAGUGCAGUGUGGGUUCAGCUUGCAAUGGUUCUCUGUUAUCUUCCAUAUCUUGUUGUGAUGGCCUUACGAAGUAACAUAACAAUGUCUUCAUCGUAUUUUCUGGCUUGGGCAGCAUCAGUUUCAUUAGUGUAUUUAAACUCAUCACUUAACCCAUUUCUUUAUUGCUGGAAGAUUGCUGAAGUGAGACAAGUAGUAAAAGAGACAAUUCGCCAAGCGCUUUGUUGCAUGUGCAGUUUUAUCAAUGUCGAUUAAUAAAAAAGCACUAAUUUUCACAAAUUUUAGGGAUAUAAACAAUCAAGAUUGCAAAUCAUUUCAUGUCAUCUUCACUGAACGCUAAGUUUGUGCACGAAGUAUACAUCCAAGACCAGAAAAAACAGAAACUUUUUUGUUCCACAAAUCAUAAGUAAAUUUUUUAGUGUAAUUUUUCAGAGGAUGCUUUUAAAAGAGGUUACUUUUCUUCUAAGCAAGCAUCAUGGCUACUGACGUUUGAAAAGGAUCAAUAAAAAUGUGCCCAUCAUUAAACACUCUGGAGUCUAUUGCGGAAAGGUCUUCAGAUGAAAUUGAUUAAGGCAUCUGCCAAGUUUAUCCAAUAACCCUUUACACCCUAAUAUCAGUAUGCAUAUUCUCCACACAGUUCUCUAUACAUUUCCCACGCAUGGUGCUGACUUGAAGAAUUUGUUUAACAAUCAAGAGCUUCUUUAGUUGGUGAUCAUUCCCUUUAUUCAUAUAACCUUAAUGUGUGGUUUGGGGAUGAUACUGUGAAGAGAAACAAGAUACUAGUCACUCUUAUGGGUCAAAGAGUAAAUAGUUCGCUUGAAAACAAGACAGCAGAACUAGCAUGUCUUGCUUUUGCUGUCCUCACUCAUCGUAGUUGCUGAAAUGAUGCAAAUGAAUUGAAAUUAUUUAGAUUUAAAUUAUUUGUGCUCGAUUUGAUGGCGGAUAUUGGGACAGCGAUCAACGAAACCCUCUGCAGUCACAUUGCAUUUCAUUUCAACUACAUUGUCUCUCUCUGGUUCAUUAUAUUUCCAGUAGAAGUAAAAAGAAAAAAAAUAUUAUUCGUACUUACUGAGAGAUAAAAUGAGCGGAAAACAUGUCUAAGAUUUAUUUCUCUUCAUUUUAUCAUUAAACGAUUUGCUGAAAAGAAAAUAUGGCGAGCAGUGCAUUUUCUUUUACAGUACAUAAGUCUACAUACAAUCAUCAUGACUCACAAAUCAGACACAAAAUCAAAAGGUUCUUCAUCUUGACUUUCUUGUUCUGUGUCUUUUAAAACUAUUCAACUUGGACCUUUUUGUUUUGUUUGAAUAUGAACGAGAAGUUAUUUCGUUCCUUUGAUCAACGGGGACAUGGCAAUAAGUCAACGUUUGCUUACAGAUUAUCGUCUUCAACUCGGGUAAGUCACGCGAUCUGUUGCGUAAAUCGAUCUCACUGGAGUGUCUCCUUCCCACAACACGAAAAUAUGACCAUGCAUAAUUGUCUGUCUGUUUUCGUUUGGACAGUGAGGGAAGGCUUUAACCGAACCAAUUUUGUUCAGUUGUCGAGGCGUUUCUAAUUCGAAAAGAUGAUUACUUUGUAGAUUUAAACGCCGGAAAGACUGAAGACACCAGCCAUCAACAUGCAAUCAUCAUGGCUCACAAAUCAGACACAAAAUCAAAAGGUUCUUCAUCUUGACUUUCUUGUUCUGUGUCUUUUAAAACUAUUCAACUUGAACCUUUUUGUUUUGUUUGAAUAUGAACGAGAAGUUAUUUCGUUCCUUUAACCAACAGGGACAUGGCAAUAAGUCAACGUUUGUUUACAGAUCAUCGUCUUCAACUCGGGUAAGUCACGCGAUCUGUUGCUUAUGUCGAAAUCACUGGGGUGUGUCCCUACAGCACGAAAAUAUGACCGAAUACAUAUAUUAAGGAAAAAAAGGGAACGAGAAAGAGAAUUAAUGUUUUAAUCUGUUAAGAUUAAGAAGUUAAGAUCUUUUUGAGGUCUGGGGGAAGGGGGAGGGGGGAGAAAUCUCAGUAAAAUUGCAAUUUGAAAAUUUUCUUAGAAAUACCAGAAUUUAAGGAGAACUCCACGCUGCUGGUCCCGUCAUGUGCCCCUGCAUAUAUAUAUAUAUAUAUAUAUAUAUAUAUAUAUAUAUACAUAUCUCGUCGCGAUCAAACUCUGUUUUUCGCCAUCAGGAACAGUAGUGUCCAGUUUCCAGAUUUGUCCAAGGUCACAAGUGAUAGCUCUAUUGUCCAAGGGAUCUUUGCCUUCUUUCAAGUUGAUAUAACAGACGUCCUAAAUACCUGCCACACUGACUGGUUAACAAACGAAACACCGUCACUAAUGGGAUACUUUGCCCAUCAGUGUAUCUAUCUCAAAGACUUUUCAUGUUGGGAAAUUUCACAUUCACAUGGAUAUCUACAGACGUCCUUGAAAAUUUCUAUCAGGUUGUUUUCAAGAUCACGCCACACUUGACUGGUUCAGUGAAAUCGGAGCGAUUGAACUUAAAGUGCUCUGUAGAUGUGGUAUACUUUUUUUAUAAAUGAGACCUAGUAGGAAGUAAGCGAGUUUUAAGAAAAUUUAUGUAUCGAAAGUUAUUUAAUGUAAAUGUUUUGUAAAUAUUGUACGUUAGUCAAGUCUAUUUUAUAUUUGUGAAGGAGAGAGAAUUUAUGUGUGCCGUACGAAAAACGUUGAAGAUAUUGAGAUCACAUAAACUCACCCUAAAGCAUCUCCUUAUUUAAAGGGGCCUUAAACUUCCUCAAUAAAUUCACAAAACACACACACGUUAUGCAACUAAACAAGACGUCGUAAAAAAUAAAAAAGAUGAAUUACAACUUGCAAUGAGGCUACUUUUACUUCUUAUUUCUGAUGCUACCAAGAAGUACUACCACUACUCACAUUUGCUUUCAGUACUAGCUCCAAACAAAAGCUAAUCAAAAUCACUGCCACACUCUCACUGCCUGUCUACUAAACCUUCAUAAGUUGAGCAAGGAAGCCUGCCCUUUUUACGAGCUUGAGCUCCGCUUUUUUUUUCCCUUGCGAGGUCCUUAUACUAGUAGAACCUGUACACAAAGUGUGAUGCCUCCGCUUCCGCAGAAAAAUUCUUCAUUUAAGCUUGGUCAUCUUCAAUGCCGCAAGAAUCACGAAAGCUCGGGAUUUGUUGUGCAAAAAGACAGCGUUCAUCCGUCGUCUCUUUAUCCCUCACUUCACGUUCUGAAGACAACAGUUGUGGACGGGUCAGGAAAAAAUUCUUUAAUCGAGUAAUCUUAUUGUUUUUUUUAUUUUAUUUCUUUUUACACACGUGUUGUGCACAUCAUACAUUUUUCUGCCAGAACGAACAAUCGCUCCUAACCUAUGAUGGUGCGAAAGGGAUUGGCAAUCCUUUUAAGGAACUGAAAACUUCGUCCAGCAGCGCAGGUCGAAACAAAAUGCGUCGGCAAUUGCAAAGCUGAGUCAUGUAUUCCAAAAUAAGUGUGGGGGUAUUUAAAAUCUUGCGCUGAACUCGUCGAUUGUGGUCACCAUUUCGCUUCGUUAAUGUAGUAGGGCUGUCAACUUGAGUGUUGAGCUGGAAAGCGUUUCAGAUAUUUGUAUUCUUCAGUUCAUGAAGAGAAGUACGAAACGAUAAUACGUGCGCCAAACCCGUCGAUCUCAAGAUAGAUGACGCCUUUAGCCAGUAACUAUACAUUAGUAAAUAGCCAGCUCACACCACCUGAACUUAUCUGAGAAUAUAGAUUUCCAGGGAUAGUUGCGUGCGUGUGUGCUUAUUGGCGCGUUACGCUCCUGCAUAAUAUAAUUCAUGGUCUAUUUUCAAGCAUCACGUUAUCUUCCUUUGCAAAGUGACGGUGUUUACUAGUAGCAGUCAAAUCAACUUCUGACUGAAAGGGAAGCUCGUAUUUCGCCAUUACUCAAACAUCAUUUACCAAACUAUAUCACCCACGAUCCUACAAAAUCGAUCGUCCAAUAAAGCCGGAGUCAUGCCAUGAAUCAGUAGGGUUAUUCGAUUUCAUAUUGAUAAAGCAGUUCAUAUGCAAGAUUAAAUAGAUUCACGAAGCCGAGAAGUGUUAAGUUGUUAUUCUCCAUUGUGAAUUCUGAUGAAUAAAGGAGGAUGGAUUUUGAGUCGUGGGGAAAUAUCUAAUACGACAUCUGCCACUCGACAAACAGUUGCAUCGACCCUAAGAAAUAGUAACAACGAACUUUACAAGACAUGAAAAUGAAACUAAAGUAUUUGACGAACUGCUGUUAUGUUUACAAAUAAUCAAACCUUUGAAACAAUUUUGUCACAAAGUUAUGCUUCAUCCGGAAGGAUUACUAAAAAUUAGUUCCUUUCCUUGAUUUCUUAUCGAACGACUUCAUGACUGGAUAAAAAUACAUUUUGUUGAUGAAAUCUUGAGGAGUGCAAGCCACUCAAUAUACUGAAGGCAAACACAAGGAUAAUAGAGCUGCUUAAGGCGAUCACAAUCUCUCAAGAAACAAACCCGCUCUCCAAAAUAUAAAUGUACAAAAUCAAAGGUGCUUUUCACGUAUCUUUACGGGGUGUGCAAAGCCAGGAGAUUGUUUCUUUUAAUCACUGAUCGUAAGCUCUCUGAAGCCGGUAAAUAGAAAUGUCAUCACGUUUUAUUCGGACUCUCCGCUAAAAAUGGCAUACAAAAAUCAAAGAAAUUUUCGAAAUUUUUUUUACUUUCUAUUUCGCAUUUGCACUAGUAUAGAGGAAGUACAGGAAGCCCCUCUUUUUUUCUUUUAUUUCCUUCUGCUUAAAUGGAGCUGACUCUCAACGUAAACUAUUGUUUGAGUUAUUACGUCGAACUAAAGCUCAAGCAGUUUCCCGACCGACGUUAUCGUAGUUAAGCAUAUUUCGACACAUGUUUUGUUUUCCUUUUAUGUCACGACCGCAAAAGCAGGUGAAUAUUGCAGUGUUCGAUGAAAACUUUAGAGUUUGGUGGAUUUCAAUGAAACGAUCACUGAAGUCAAACUCGUACAAUAGAAUCGAGACAUGUACUGAACAAACAAGAAUUGAAAACGUCAUUACCUUUAAUACCGUGGCUGUGGAGCUUCCGUCCUUAUCAGUUAUAACCAUUAGAUGAUCUUAUUAUAGAUAUUAGGUCAACAAGGAUAAAAUAAAGGAACACCACUUUUCACAUGGUCUACAUUAAAUUAGACACCCAGAAUGAAAUCCAUCUGAAUUGAAACUAGAUCCAUGCAAGGCUAUUACUACAGAUGAUCUUUGGCAUGGGAUACGUGCAUAGGAAAUGUGAAUAGGAUAGGCAUGUAUAGACGUGUUUCUAGUUUGCUGAUGAAGCGUGGGUGACUUUCGAUAUCCGUUUCAGCAUUGUUGAAGAAAUUCUCCUGUUCAGAAAAAAUGUUCAGUGAAUCGUAGAUUACUUUCGACCAUUUUAUUUUCCCUUUUAAUUUGCAAACAAAUAACAUAGCAGUAUUGCAUCCAAAUGUUAUGAUGCGCUUCAGGGUCUUAAGAGCUAAAGAAGAUAUUCAAUUAUGCAGUAUGUGAUUAAUGCAAAACUAAGAAAACCGAAACUUGGCUCUUUUCAUCCGGACGUGACGACAAAUGGAAACAGGAAUUAGAAUCUCACCCUCGAGUUUGAUCAUUUCUCACAAUUAUCCCAAGCAUUUCUAAAAGGAAAACCUUAUUCUUCGGCUCGAGUGAAUGAACUGAAACCUCUCUGCAAGGGACAAUGGCGAUGACAAACCAUACUGAGUAUAGAAAAGAUAAUAUGUCCUUUGAAGAACUGCGAUGCUCAACAGAUUUUACAAGCGAUAUUCAUGAACAUCUGAUGUCUUUAUCAGCGGUCAAUAUUUUCCUAUCCAUUGCUGCAGUUCUUGGGAAUACUCUGAUCUUCGUCGCUCUUCGGAGAGAAUCUUCCCUCCAUCCGCCGUCGAAGCUUUUGUUUCAUAAUUUGGCGACAACUGAUCUUUGUGUUGGCCUAGUUGCAGAACCUCUCAAUGUUGCCUAUUGGAUGUCUCUGGUUUAUGAAGACUGGGAUGUUUGUCGGUUCUCAGCAAGUGCAUCCUUUAUGGUAGGCUACGUGUUGGCGUCAGUAUCUUUGUUAACGUUGACUGCGAUAAGUGUGGACAGGCUUCUCGCUCUCUUACUGGGGCUAAGGUAUAAACAGGUUGUAACAUUAAAGCGAACAUAUGCAGUUAUAACCACCUUUUGGUUAGUUUCCUGUGUCGUUGCGCUAUUGUUCCUCGCAAGCCACCGUAUCACUAUUUGGUAUGGCCGUAUUGCUACAGUAUUUUGUCUUACGAUCACAGCCGUCUCGUACACUUACAUUUUCCUCAAGCUUCGUCGCCGUCAAACUGAAGUUCAUGAACGUGUGCAGCAAGAACAUCUAAAGUUAACCGUUCCACUUGACAUUGUGCGAUACAGGAAAGCAGUGCAUAGUGCAGUGUGGGUUCAGCUUGCAAUGGUUCUCUGUUAUCUUCCAUAUCUUGUUGUGAUGGCCUUACGAAGUAACAUAACAAUGUCUUCAUCGUAUUUUAUGGCUUGGGCAGCAUCAGUUUCAUUAGUGUAUUUAAACUCAUCACUUAACCCAUUUCUUUAUUGCUGGAAGAUUGCUGAAGUGAGACAAGUAGUAAAAGAGACAAUUCGCCAAGCGCUUUGUUGCGUGUGCAGUUUUAUCAAUGUCGAUUAAUAAAAAAGCACUAAUUUUCACAAAUUUUAGGGAUAUAAACAAUCAAGAUUGCAAAUCAUUUCAUGUCAUCUUCACUGAUCACUAAGUUUGUGCACGAAGUAUACAUCCAAGACCAGAAAAAACAGAAAUGUUUUUGUUCCACAAAUCAUAAGUAAAUUUUUAGUGUAAUUUUUCAGAGGAUGCUAUUUAAAGAGUUUGCUUUUCUUCUAAGCAAACAUCAUGGCUACUGACGUUUCUCUGAGACUUUGAAAAGGAUCAAUAAAAAUGUGCCCAUCAUUAAACGUUUUGGAGUCUAUUGCGGAAAGGUCUUCAGAUGAAAUUGAAUAAGGCAUCUGCCAAGUUUAUCCAAUAACCCUUUACACCCUAAUAUCAGUAUGCAUAUUCUCCAUAAAGUUCUCUAUACAUUUCCCACGCAUGGUGCUGACUUGAGGAAUUUGUUUAACAAUUAAGAGCUUGUUUAGUUGGUGAUCAUUCCCUUUAUUCAUAUAACCUUAAUGUGUGGUUUGGGGAUGAUACUGUGAAGAAAAAACAAGAUACUAUUCACUCUUAUGGGUCAAAGAGUAAAUAGUUCGCUUGAAAGCAAGAGAGCGGAAACAGCUUGUUGUGCUUUUGCUGUCCUCACUCAUCCUUGUUGUUGGAUUUUAGUUAUUUGUGCUCGAUUUGGUGGCGGAUAUUGCGACAGUGAUCAAUUUAACCCUCUGCAAUCACAUUGCGUUUUGUUUCUACUGGGUGUUGGAAGAAAAAAAUUCUUCGUACCUACUGAGAGAAAACAUGUCUUCAGAUUUUUUUUCUCUUCAUUUUAUCAUUAAACGAGUUGCUGACAAGGAAAUAUAGCGAGCAGUACAUUUACUUUUAGAGUACAUUUGAAGUUAUAGUGUGAUUAUGAAGUCUAAAGACCAUGUUUGAAAAGCCAGGGUGGCCCCUAGCCAUCCCUUGGGCGACUCGCCUAUUGUGCUAUUUCAAACAUCCUGCAAAUCUUACCACUGAUUCCAAGUCUUCCCGGAAUAAAGCUGUAUUUGAAUAAUGAUUCACUGAUAUUUUUAUCUUGAGGAAUCGAUUGUCCUUCAAAAAUGAGUGGGUAGAUUCCAAACCGGUACUAAAGCUUUCACCUAUCGUCACCCUUGAGAGAUAUUUUAUAAUACGUACAUGAUGUGUGUGUUUGCUCGCAAAGGGUCUGGGGUUGGUAAAAUUUGUUGAGCGAUCAGUUCGCUCUCAUAUAAAUUGACUCGAGCUGCUUUUUUAGAACUAAAAUCAUUUCUUGAGCGCCGUGGUGGCUAAGUUCAGAUAGGAGAACUACUAGCGUCAGUCUCUCGCAAGCUCAAGAACUUAAAAAAUAAAGCUUGAAUUGGAAGACGGGAUUGCUUUCUCCUAAAAAAUAUGGAUCCCAGAAAGAAAGCUUUUGUCUUUAUUUGCCAAACGUUAAAUAUCGCACCCGUCUAAAUUUUACAAAAUAAGGUGCCGUGCUUUAAUCAAAGCUAUGACGUAGAAGACCAUGCUUUGGCCCAUUUUUUCAUAUUCCAGAAAAAUCUCCGAAACCUUUGAAUCCAAAUCAUCUUAAAUUUAAAAGAGCAGUUAUAACAAGGAUUUCCUUCACCUGGUCUAUUUCACAGGCGCAAAGAAAAUAGUUUUACUUUGUCACAUGCCGAAUCACUUCCAAUACAGUUGGUGCGAACGCACAAAUGUUUUUAAAACUUUUGCUUUGUUGAGAGAGAGAACAGUCAAAUCAGUUUUCUUUGCUUUCAUUCACUUGACAAAACAGUACAGCCCAUACAAAGACACGUUUGCUCAGCGGUUAUGAUAACUGUUGAUGCCAGAUGUUUGUUGUCCUUUUCUUAAAAAAUGGCUUACUUGGCGUGAGUUUAGUCUUUUGUAGUUCUUUGUGUGGAAACUAAAAAAGGAGAACUCAGAAAAUGCUUAAACUCUUACAAUAUCACAAAAAUUCAUUGACCUGUUGUCAACGAAAAAAGACUGCACCUAAGUGACAAGAGGCGAAACAAUUAUUAUGAAAAGGUAAAAAGGUCUAAAUACGCUAUUACUGUGAAGUAUUUCUUAGCUUGCGACACAACAGUGUUUUCAUGUCUCUGGCAGUUUUUUUUUUUUCCACUCAAAAAACCAAAAGAAGGGACAAUGAUUAGCAGAACAAAUACACAUCGUGAUAUUAAAAUAAUCUUUUGCCAUCUGUUCUGACGUUGAUCCAUUUUCUCUUCUUUUUUGUAUUUACUCUUAAUAACUAAAAUUGGAAAUGUCAGGCCUCGAGUAAUCCACCUUGUCCAUUUCGCUGUUGCAAUGAUACCUCUUUUUGAUACCUUUGGGAUAAUAAACAGACAAACGCAAUUUUGCAAUUGCAGAGAAAUGAAAAAAAUAAAAACUGAGACCUUCCGAGAAAGUUACUUUAAGUUGAUAGUAUACUCGAAAAACAUAUUUUAAAAAUCCCGUCAAACUCUAUGCUAAUUUGGAUUUCUCCGCUCACCGUCAUCUUAGUUUACGACGGCAAAGGUUUGUUGGAUUAAAAUUUCUGUCUCGUAUGUUUGAAUACGUAACGACAGGUGAAAAGCUAUUAAAAAUAGAGACCUAGCUCGCGAUGUAAGUUAAGAACUAGAUAAACAUUGUAACCUCACAUGAUGUACACAUAAUGGAGCGACGAUAAUGGUAAAGGCAAACUCAAGUGUAGAUGAAAAAAUUGAAACACUUGUACAACUGCGGUGCUUGGAAGGCUUGACAAACGGAAUACACGGAGAAUUGACGUCCAUUUCAGCGCUUAACAUAUUUUUGGCCGUUACUGCAUUUCUUGGAAAUACUCUAAUCCUUGUUUCUCUGCGGAAGGAAUCUUCCCUUCGUCCGCCCUCAAAACUCCUACUUCGUUGUCUGGCCGCCACUGAUCUUUGUGUUGGCGUUAUUGCACAACCUUUCCAAGUUGUUUACUGGCUGUCGCUGGUUUACAAGGAUUGGAAUCUUUGUCCCUAUGCUCUUAACACGACUUUCAUAACAGGCUAUACUUUGACGUCGGUGUCCAUGUUAACACUGACUGCAAUCAGUGUGGACAGACUCCUCGCGCUGAUACUUGGGCUGAGAUACAAACAAGUUGUAACUUUAACACGAACAUAUGCCGUGGUGAUUACCUUUUGGUUUAUUUCCACGCUUGCUGGGACAUUGUACCUUAAAGAUUACAGGAUUACUCUGUGGUAUGGCUAUAUUGCCUUACCGUCAUGUCUGGUAAUUACCACUUUCUCGUAUGCAAAAAUUUUCCACUCAAUUUUUCACAACCAGAAUCAAAUACAUAUCAUUCCUCGACAACAACAGCAACUAAAUCAAUCGGCGCCUUUGAAUUUAUGUCGAUACCGAAAGGCAGUGUACGGUACUCUAUGGCUGCAACUGGCAUUGGUUAUAUGUUACGUGCCUUACAGUGUAAUGGGUGUGUGGAUGAAUGGCAAGGUGUCUCCGGCAAACUUUGUUAUUCUUGUUUCUUCCGUCACUUGUGUUUAUCUUAAUUCGGCGAUAAAUCCUUUUCUCUACUGCUGGAAGAUAAGUUCAGUUAGACAAGCGGUAAAGGAGACUAUCAAACAGUUCCUUUGCUGUUUAUCGACUUAGCACAUUGUUCAGUUCGUCUUAUUAGACUCCGCGAUCCAUUCUUUAUCUAUAAAUAAGGUCAUUCUAUUAUUCUAUCAGAAUAAGCAUCAUUUAUACACUUACACAAGCUGAAGAUGACACAUGCCUCACAUGCUCAUGCCUCACAUACUCAUGCCUCACAUGAAGAUGACGCCUGCCUCCUUCAACUUGUCCCGGCUUCAGUGACCGAGGGCAUGUUAGGAAAUUUUAUAUCCGGCUCGUUUCAGGUUCAUACACAGCAUCGUGAAUAUCCUUCUCCUCUAGCGUAAAAACUGUGACAGGAGUUAAUAAUUGUAGCGAUAUGCCCCCAAUGUUUUUCUUUUCUUGAGAAUAAUUCAGAAGUUCUCCUAAAACUCAGUCAGGCUUUGAAACUACUCAGUUAAGACGCAGGUUGAAAUUAAGAAGGGAGGCAAUUUAUCCACAGCCUCUCUCAAAUUAAGAGAAUCUCAAAGUCUUCAUCGAGUCCUUGAGUAUCUAAAAGUGUUUUUAGAAAAACACAGAAAUCGUUAAAAAAGGAGAUAUCCUCAUAUCUACGCUGUUCAUAUCAUAGUAAUAGAAAAUUAUUACUGAACCCUCGCAAAUAAUACACUUUUUUCCAAGCGAGGCAUUUAUUCUUGCAGCUGUGGUCGUGUUGCUUAAAUUGAAAGGUAUCAUUGAUAGUACCCGUGUGCAGAAAAACCUGUUUAAAAAGUAGGCCAUGAGAAAUCUUAACUAGUAAGGCAAAACGCUCAAAGCGUCUAUCUUGUACGUAAUAUUGCAAAAUUGUGGUUGAAGCCGCGGCGUGCGUGGACGCAUUGAACGUCUCAUCAGUCCAUUCAAGGCAAAAAAUAUUGUAAAACCGUUUUAGAAGCGGGAAAAAGUUUAUUAGUAAGGCAAUAGGACCUUAACUCGUCUCGUGGUGAUAAUUAUACGAAAUUUGUUAUUAGACCUUAGCGCAACGAAACAAAUGCCUUAGAAACAAAGACAUUGGCAAGUGAGAAAACAACACGACAUAAUUUCUCUCGUGAUGAUUGCAAUGAAAAAAUAUGUAACUCAUGAGGCUUAGUGCAGAUAAAAAUAACUUUAAAAGCAGACGGGUCGUUUUAAAAAGGGGCAUAUAUACUCACUUGAAAUAUUGAAUAUAACCAUUUAAAAUGAAAAUUAAAAGAAGACAGUAAAAGACAGGUUCAAUUUUUAUCUAGAUCAACUUAAAAAUCUAGGAAAACAAAACUUUAUUGUACAUCUUAGUGAAUACACUCACGUCAGAUCACGAAACAUAGAACAACCAAUAGCGGGUGCACUACGCAUCUAAGAGGAUUUCCGGCGAACUGCUGAAUAAACAAGACUUACCGCCACCUGCAUGUUAGUCGUAAAAAAGAGGGUACGGGGCUUUUAAGUCCAUUAAUGACUGGCAGGUUUCUAAAAAGCAUCAAAGAGUUAGUCACCUAGAAAACAACAAAUAACUCGUUUUUGCUCAUUACGUAAUACACCAUUCACGUGUGGCUACCGGGCAAACAACACAGUUUCCACCACGACAGGCACUGCCACCGAUUAUAAUUCUUUUAAAUCAAGGCGGGCAGAUCUCACGCUGCGGCAAAGAUCCCAUAUUUUAUUUCCGAUGGUGACAUUGAAUCAUAUCACCCAGAAAGCCAUUUUUUUAACCAGUGACAAAGCAACUAGUUAAGAUUAAAUAGGCUUCCGUAAUAUUUAAACUUACAGCGAGCAGUUACAAGCUGAAAACCGCGGGUAACUAACAAUACCGAAAGCACUUAAUAUCAUUUGAUCAUUAGUAGCGUGCUUAUUGUGGUUUCUUCAUGUGCACGUGCGUAUGUUUGCCGCUUACGUCCAAUGCAGUAAUUUAUGCCUACAUAGUUCAGCAAGGAAAAAUGAUGGCUAUUAAAAUUCAUUGGCUGUCUUUGAGAACAGAAAUUAGUCGUCAGUGUUAAUAACUUUAGGAACAUUUCCAUGCAAUUAUGACCGCUGAUGUCAAUUAAGAGUAUUUAACGAACUAGCAAAUGAAACGUGCUAAAAGCUUCUUUCCGCCUCGCGUUGCUUCUAAACAGUUCUCAAUUACGAACUAUUACCGACUUCUUUCGAAGAACUCUGCUCUUUAUCUCCCAAACUCAUCAUAUUCCAUUUUAACCAGUUAUUGCCGAUCACUUCGGCAAUAACUAAUUAUUCUUCGGCUCGAGCGAAUGCACUGAAACCUCUCUGCAAGGGACAAUGGGGAUGACAAACCAUACUGAGUAUAGAAAAGAUAAUUUGUCCUUUGAAGAACUGCGAUGCUCAACAGAUUUUACAAGCGGUAUUCAUGAACAUCUGAUGUCUUUAUCAGCGGUCAAUAUUUUCCUAUCCAUUGCUGCAGUUCUUGGGAAUACUCUGAUCUUCGUCGCUCUUCGGAGAGAAUCUUCCCUACAUCCGCCGUCGAAGCUUUUGUUUCAUAAUUUGGCGACAACUGAUCUUUGUCUUGGCCUAAUUGCAGAACCCCUCAAUGUUGCCUCUUGGAUGUCUCUGCUUUAUGAAGACUGGGCUGUUUGUCGGUUCUCAGCAAGUGCAUCCUUUAUGGUAGGCUACGUUUUGACGUCAGUAUCUUUGUUAACGUUGACUGCGAUAAGUGUGGACAGGCUUCUCGCUCUCUUACUGGGGCUAAGGUAUAAACAGGUUGUAACAUUAAAGCGAACAUAUGCAGUUAUAACCACCUUUUGGUUAGUUUCCUGUGUCGUUGCGCUAUUGUUCCUCGCAAGCCACCGUAUCACUAUUUGGUAUGGCCGUAUUGCUACAGUAUUUUGUCUUACGAUCACAGCCGUCUCGUACACUUACAUUUUCCUCCAGCUUCGUCGCCGUCAAACUGAAGUUCAUGAACGUGUGCAGCAAGAACAUCUAAAGUUAACCGUUCCACUUGACAUUGUGCGAUACAGGAAAGCAGUGCAUAGUGCAGUGUGGGUUCAGCUUGCAAUGGUUCUCUGUUAUCUUCCAUAUCUUGUUGUGAUGGCCUUACGAAGUAACAUAACAAUGUCUUCAUCGUAUUUUAUGGCUUGGGCAGCAUCAGUUUCAUUAGUGUAUUUAAACUCAUCACUUAACCCAUUUCUUUAUUGCUGGAAGAUUGCUGAAGUGAGACAAGUAGUAAAAGAGAUAAUUCGCCAAGCGCUUUGUUGCAUGUGCAGUUUUAUCAAUGUCGAUUAAUAAAAAAGCACUCAUUUUCACAAAUUUUAGGGAUAUAAACAAUCAAGAUUGCAAAUCAUUUCAUGUCAUCUUCACUGAUCACUAAGUUUGUGCACGAAGUAUAAUCCAAGACCAGAAAAAACAGAAAUUGUUUUGUUCCACAAAUCAUAAGUAAAUUUUUUAGUGUAAUUUUUCAGAGGAUGCUUUUUAAAGAGUUAGCUUUUCUUCUAAGCAAGCAUCAUGGCUACUGACGUUUCUCUGAGUCUUUGAAAAGGAUCAAUAAAAAUGUGCCCAUCAUUAAACGUUCUGGAGUCUAUUGCGGAAAGGUCUUCGGAUGAAAUUGAUUAAGGCAUCUGCCAAGUUUAUCCAAUAACCCUUUACACCCUAAUAUCAGUAUGCAUAUUCUCCAUACAGUUCUCUAUACAUUUCCCAGGCAUGGUGCUGACUUGAAGAAUUUGUUUAACAAUCAAGAGCUUGUUUAGUUGGUGAUCAUUUCCUUUAUUCAUAUAACCUUAAUGUGUGGUUUAGGGAUGAUACUGUGAAGAGAAACAAGAUACUAGUCACUCUUAUGGGUCAAAGAGUAAAUAGUUCGCUUGAAAGCAAGAGAGCGGAACCAGCUUGUUGUGCUUUUGCUGUCCUCACUCAUCCUUGUUGCUGAAAUGAUGCAAAUGAAUUGAAAUUAUUUAGAUUUUAGUUAUUUGUGCUCGAUUUGGUGGCGGAUAUUGCGACAGUGAUCAAUUUAACCCUCUGCAAUCACAUUCCGUUUCGUUUCAACUACAUCGUCUCUGGUUCAUUAUGUUUCUACUAGGUGUUGGAAGAAAAAAAUUCUUCGUACUUACUAAGAGAAAACAUGUCUUCAGAUUUUUUUUCUCUUCAUUUUAUCAUUAAACGAGUUGCUGACAAGGAAAUAUAGCGAGCAGUACAUUUACUUUAGAAUACAGUUGAAGUUAUAGUGUGAUUAUGAAGUCUAAAGACCAUGUUUGAAAAGCCAGAGUGGCCCCUAGCCAUCCCUUGGGCGACUUGCCUAUUUUGCUAUUUAAAACAUCCUGCAAAUCUUACCACUGAUUCCAAUUCUUCCCGGAAUAAAGCUAUAUUUGAAUGAUAAUUCACUGAUAUUUUUAUCUUGAGGAAUCGAUUGUCCUUCAAAAGUGAGUGGGUAGAUUCCAAACCGGUACUAAAGCCUUCACCUAUCGUCGCCCUUGAAAGAGAUAUUUUAUAAUACGUACAUGAUGUGAAUGUUUGCUCGCAAAGAGUCUGGGGUUGGUUUAAGUAUAACGAGUCCAGAUUCCUGGCUCCAAUACAGGUACAAAGAUGAAACACUCAUGAUAAAAAAAAAAAAAAUUAAUAAGCUUUAGAAAUAGCAUCGAUUCAUUGCAAUAAUUUCUAGUAAAGUGGGAAGAAGUGUCUAGGCGUGUAUUUAAUGUUAAUGCACGCUCUAACACUCGUCGUGGGUGGUCGUCUCGUACGUUAAUUAAAGGAAUACAGAAAGGUUUUUUUAGACCUUAAGAAUCAACAAUAUUUUCCUGAUCAUUUUUUUCUGUUCACUUCUCCUUUUUUUGACUUUUUCGAUGAAAAUACUUAUCCUACUUGAAAGCAUCCUUAUUUAUGUAAAAACAAGCAUACGCUGGGACUGCCUUAACUGGAUUUACAGUGCAAUUUUGCCAAAUAUGGUGAAGGAUAAAAUUUGUUGAGCGAUCAGUUCGCUCUCAUGUAAACUGACUCGAGCUGAAUCAUUUCUUGAGCGCCGUGGUGGCUAAGUUCAGAUAGGACAACUACAAGCGUCAGUCUCUCGCAAGCUCAAGAACUUGAGAAAUAAAGCUUGAAUUGGAAGACGGGAUUGUUUUCUCCUAAAAAUAUGGAUCCCAGAAAGGAAGCUUUUGUCUUUAUUUGCCAAACGUCAAAUAUCGCACCCGUCUAAAUUUUACAAAAAAAGGUGCCGUGCUUCAAUCAAAGCUAUGACGUAGAAGACCAUGCUUUGGCCCAUUUGUUCAUAUUCCAGAAAAAUCGUUUGUUGGAUUAAAAUUUCUGUCUCGUAUGUUUGAAUACGUAACGACAGGUGAAAAGCUAUUAAAAAUAGAGACCUAGCUUGCGAUGUAAGUUAAGAACUAGAUAAACAUUGUAACCUCACAUGAUGUAAACAUAAUGGAGCGACGAUAACGGUAAAGGCAAACUCAAGUGUAGAUGAAAAAAUUGAAACACUUGUACAACUGCGGUGCUUGGAAGGCUGGACAAACGGAAUACACAUAGAAUUGUCGUCCAUUUCAGCGCUUAACAUAUUUUUGGCCGUUACUGCAUUUCUUGGAAAUACUCUAAUCCUUGUUUCUCUGCGGAAGGAAUCUUCCCUUCGUCCGCCCUCAAAACUCCUACUUCGUUGUCUGGCCGCCACUGAUCUUUGUGUUGGCAUUAUUGCACAGCCUUUCCAAGUUGUUUACUGGCUGUCGCUGGUUUACAAGGAUUGGAAUCUUUGUCCCUAUGCUCUUAACACGACUUUCAUAACAGGCUAUACUUUGACGUCGGUGUCCAUGUUGACACUGACUGCAAUCAGUGUGGACAGACUCCUCGCGCUGAUACUUGGAUACAAGAGAUACAAACAAGUUGUAACUUUAACACGAUAAAUAAAUAAGGUCAUUCUAUUAUUCUAUCAGAAGUAGCAUCAUUUAUACUCUUGCAUUAGCUGAAGAUGACACAUGCCUCACAUGCUCAUGUCUCACAUGCCCAUGCCUCACAUGAAGAUGACGCCUGCCUCCUUCAACUUGUCUCUUCAGUGACCGAGGGCAUGUAAGAUAAUUUUAUAUCCGGCUUGUUUCAGGUUCAUACACAGCAUCGUGAAUAUCCUUCUCCUCUAGCGUAAAAACUGUGACAGGAGUUAAUAAUUGAAGCGAUAUGCCCUCAAUGUUUUUCUUUUAUUGAGAAUAAUUCAAAAGUUCUCCUAAAACUCUAGUCAGGCUUAGAAACUACUCAGUUAAGACGCAGGUUAAAAUUAGGAAGGGAGGCAAUUUAUCCACAGCCUCUCCGAAAUUAAGAGAGUCUCAAAGUCUUCACCGAGUCCUUGAGUAUCUAAAAGUGUUUUUAGAAAAACACAGAAAUCGUUAAAAAAGGAGAUAUCCUCAUAUCUACGCUAUUCAUAUCAUAGUAAUAGAAAAUUAUUACUGAACCCUCGCAAAUAAUACACUUUUUUCCAAGCGAGGCAUUUAUUCUUGCAGCUGUGGUCGUGUUGCUGAAAUUGAAAGGUAUUAUUGAUAAUACCUGUGUGCAGAAAAACCUGUUUAAAAGUAGGCCAUGAGAAAUCUUUACUAGUAAGGCAAAACGCUCAAAGCGUCUAUCUUGUACGUAAUAUUGCAAAAUUGUUGUUGAAGCUGCGGCGUGCGUAGAUAAAUCGGUUUUGAAGCAGGGAAAACGAUGUUCUUAAAGAAAUGCGCAUUCAACGUAUCAUCAGUCCAUUUAAGGCAAAAAAUAUUUUAAAACUGUUUUAGAAGCGGGAAAAGGUUUAUUAGUAAGGCAAUAGGACCUUAACUCGUCUCGUGGUGAUAAUUAUACGAAAUUUGUUAUUAGACCUCAGCGCAACGAAACAAAUGCCUUGGAAACAAAGACAUUGGCAAGUGAGAAACAACACGACACAAUUUCUCUCGUGAUGAUUGCAAUGAAAAAACAUGUAACUCAUGAGGCUUAGUGCAGAUAAAAAUAACUUUAAAAGCAGACGAAUCGUUAUAAAAAGGGGCAUAUAUACUCACUUGAAAUAUUGAAUAUAACCGUUCAAAAUGAAAAUUAAAAGACAGUAAAAGACAGGUUCAAUUUUUAUCUAUAUCAACUUAAAAAUCUAGGAAAACAAAACUUUAUUGUACAUCUUAGUGAAUACACUCACGUCAGAUCACGAAACAUAGAACAACCAUUAGCGGGUGCACUAUGCCUCUAAAAGGAUUUUCGGCGAACUGCUGAAUAAACAAGACUUACCGCCACCUGCAUGUUAGUCGUAAAAAAGAGGGUACGGGGCUUUUAAGUCCAUUAAUGACUGGCAGGUUUCUAAAAAGCAUCAAAGAGUUAGUCACCUAGAAAACAACAAAUAACUCCUUAUUGCUCAUUACCUAAUACACCAUUCACGUGUGGCUACCUGGCAAACAACACAGUUUCCAUAGCGUCAGGCACUGCCACCGAUUAUAAUUCUUUUAAAUCAAGGCAGGCAGAUCUCACGCUGCGGCAAAGAUCCCAUAUUAGAUUUUCGAUGGUGACAUUGAAUUGUAUCACCCAGAAAGCCAUUUUUUUUAACCAGUGACAAAGCAACUAGUUAAGAUUAAAUAGGCUUCCGUAAUACUUUCUACUUACACAAUUAUCCCAAGCAUUUCUAUAAGGAAAACCGUAUUCUUCGGCUUGAGCGAAUGCACUGAAACCUCUCUGCAAGGGACAAUGGCGAUGACAAACCAUACUGAGUAUAGAAAAGAUAAUUUGUCCUUUGAAGACCUGCGAUGCUCAACAGAUUUUACAAGCGGUAUUCAUGAACAUCUGAUGUCUUUAUCAGCGGUCAAUAUUUUCCUAUCCAUUGCUGCAGUUCUUGGGAAUACUCUGAUCUUCGUCGCUCUUCGGAGAGAAUCAUCCCUACAUCCGCCGUCGAAGCUUUUGUUUCAUAAUUUGGCGACAACUGAUCUUUGUGUUGGCCUAAUUGCAGAACCCCUCAAUGUUGCCUCUUGGAUGUCUCUGCUUUAUGAAGACUGGGAUGUUUGUCGGUUCUCAGCAAGUGCAUCCUUUAUGGUAGGCUACGUGUUGACGUCAGUAUCUUUGUUAACGUUGACUGCGAUAAGUGUGGACAGGCUUCUCGCUCUCUUACUGGGGCUAAGGUAUAAACAGGUUGUAACAUUAAAGCGAACAUAUGCAGUUAUAACCACCUUUUGGUUAGUUUCCUGUGUCGUUGCGCUAUUGUUCCUCGCAAGCCACCGUAUCACUAUUUGGUAUGGCCGUAUUGCUACAGUAUUUUGUCUUACGAUCACAGCCGUCUCGUACACUUACAUUUUCCUCCAGCUUCGUCGCCGUCAAACUGAAGUUCAUGAACGUGUGCAGCAAGAACAUCUAAAGUUAACCGUCCCACUUGACAUUGUGCGAUACAGGAAAGCAGUGCAUAGUGCAGUGUGGGUUCAG